AACACAGGAAAUCAUAGCACAUGUUUUGGUUUCUAACAACUCUACUAACUCAUCGUUCUCUGAAGUCUGAACCCUACCGACGCUGGCGGCCGGAUCUACCACAUUUACUAAGAAAAGAUGAGUCGCUCAAGCAGAACGCUCUAUGUUGGGAAUCUUCCUGGGGAUAUUCGCGAACGGGAAGUGGAAGAUUUGUUUUACAAGUAUGGUCGAAUAGCCCGCAUUGAUUUGAAAGUCCCACCAAGGCCUCCGGGUUAUGCUUUUGUUGAGUUUGAAGAGUCCCGAGAUGCUGAAGAUGCAAUCAGGGGUCGUGAUGGGUAUGAUUUUGAUGGUCACAGAUUAAGGGUGGAACUUGCCCAUGGUGGACGUGGAAACUCAUCUUCGACAGAUCGUCAUAAUAGCCAUAGCAGUGGUCGGGGAGGCCAUGGUGGAGUUUCUAGACGAUCUGAUUAUAGAGUUUUGGUGACUGGGUUACCCUCUUCGGCGUCAUGGCAAGACCUUAAGGAUCACAUGCGUCGAGCUGGGGAUGUUUGUUUCUCCCAAGUUUUCAAGGAGGGUGGUGGUACCACAGGGAUUGUGGACUACACAAACUACGAUGACAUGAAAUAUGCUAUACGCAAAUUGGACGACUCAGAGUUUCGAAAUGCUUUCUCACGUGGAGUGAUACGUGUGAAGGAGUAUGAUUCGAGUCGGUCUAGGAGCCAUAGUCGCAGCCGUAGCAAGAGCUAUAGCCGCAGCCGCAGCAGGAGCAGAAGCAAGUCCCCAAAAGCAAAACCAUCUCGGCGCUCAAAAUCCCGUUCGAGGUCGCGUUCUCGUUCUCGUUCUGGAUCAGAACCCGCGCGCCCAUCAGCAAGAUAUGGAUAUGGAUAUAUACAGCUUGUCAGGGGAUGGGAUUGCAUGUUAGGAUUGAUGGAUAUGGAUUGCAAUGAAAAGGCUGGAUUUUGAAUAGGGGAGUGGGGGCUAUUGCAUUGCUGUCAUGAUUUAAAAAGUUGUUGGAUGGAUCUCCAAAUUUACACAAGAUAAUUUGUUUAAACAUAUUGGCAUGAUUCAUGAAUGAGAAGGCUACUGUUGGAUAAGAGGAACAUACAUUUGGAUGGAUGGAUAUUAUUAAACUCGCUUGUUUCUGGAACUUUUGCAGAUCUCCUUCAAGAUCCAGAUCCCCCCCACCGUCUCGUCCAAAGCCUGCUGCUGCUACCAGUAAAAGUCCAAAAAGCAAGAGCAAGAGUAAGAGUCCAAGCAGAAGCAGAAGCAGGAGCAAGAGUUUAUCAAGGUGAGGUGAUGGAGUAGCAGAAAAAUGGUUGCUUGCCCAAACAACUCUACUCUAAAUUCACAUAUAUUUGACAUUUCUUGUGAUAAAAAAGGAUAUGGGAAGCCAAGCUCAAUAUUGGCCUAUUUAUAUUUGCUAGACAAAUUUGCUCAACUUUGUUGUACUCCAAUGUGUAUUGUUGACUUCUUUUAUUUGGAUCCCAAUAUAAAGCCAUAUUGAUUCGCCUAAAGCUAUUUCAUCAAAUUUUAAUUUAGG